UGGGCACCAAUAUUCCCGAAUUCGAAACAAACAUUUUGGAAGCCUAUAUGGCUAUAUGCUAUACUAGUCGAUCUUAUAUUAGAGGUGAUGCUCAUAGCAUUUUUGUUCACGCCACACUCUUUUCUCGUCCUUCCUUUCUUCCCCACAUCCAUAUCCCUCCCCAGACCUAACCCCUUACAGGAUUGCAUAGAUUUGUGCCAUGGCUUCUCCGCCAGAUCUCUAAACUGCCUCCAAGAUGCUCUACUUUCGCGAUUGGCUUUGCGAGCUAUGACUCGGUGCCAUUUUUGUUAAUUUUGCGAUUGGGUAAGUUUUGAGAGGUGGAGGCAUGUACAGAGCGCGAGGUGUUGUUGGGUCCAAGUCCGAGGUGGGUUCGGUUGAUCGCAAGCGCAUCAAUGACGUCCUCGACAAGCAGCUCGAACGAUCCUCGCCGUCCACUUCCAGGGCAGUCAAGGCGAAGGACAGUGCGGCGGCGCAAUCCAUUUGGGCUGCUAAACUACCCUAUGAUCACAGGGACGCUCACUCUGCCUCUGUCUCUAAGAACUCCGAUGCCUCUGAUGAGGAAUCUGAAACAGACAGUGAGGCAUCAGAUGUUAGUGGUUCUGAUGGGGAUGACACCUCUUGGAUCUCAUGGUUUUGUAAUCUAAGAGGAAAUGAAUUCUUUUGUGAAGUUGAUGAUGAUUACAUACAAGAUGAUUUCAACCUUUGUGGAUUAAGCAGUCAAGUUCCUUACUUUGAUUAUGCCCUUGAUUUAAUUUUGGAUGUUGAAUCCUCUCAUGGUGACAUGUUCACAGAGGAACAGAAUGAGUUAAUUGAAUCAGCUGCAGAGAUGCUUUAUGGUCUGAUUCAUGCUCGAUAUGUUUUGACAAAUAAAGGAAUGGCUGCUAUGAUGGAGAAGUACAAAAACUACGACUUUGGCAGGUGUCCAAGAGUUUACUGCUCUGGACAACCCUGCCUUCCCGUUGGUCAGUCAGACAUUCCUAGGUCAAGUACUGUGAAGAUAUACUGUCCUAGGUGUGAAGACAUCUACUAUCCCCGGUCCAAGUAUCAAGGCAAUGUUGAUGGAGCUUAUUUUGGAACCACAUUUCCUCACCUCUUCCUGAUGACUUAUGGCCAUCUGAAGCCACCAAAACCAUCGCAGAGCUAUGUUCAAAGAGUUUUUGGUUUCAAAGUUCACAAGCCCUGAAACUGAAUGAA